AUGUUUCUACUAACCAAUGCUAUAGACUUCAAUAUAAUGAAAAUUUUACAGAACCCAAAAGUAUAUACAACGCCUGCAUUCAAGGAAGAAUCAAGAUCAUCAAAACUACCAACAAAGUCCCAUUAUAUCAGUAGUGGUCCAGAGUUUAACCGUGUUCUCUUCGAUUUUGGAGGUCAGAGUCCACUGAUUUUAUAUUAUCUUAAGAUGCAUGAAGUAGCUGGUAUUUCCAAAGCCCCUAGACAAGUCAGGAUUAAACUCACUGAAAUACUGAAAGAACCAUAUCCUUUUUAA